GUACACCCGAGGGCGGCGCGUGACAACAGCUGUUCGCCGUUUACAUAAUAAUAUUAUUAUUGUUGUUGUUGGUGUUGUUGCCGAGUCUGGCGCGAGGACCGAUCUCGUACUGUUCGCACUCCGUAGACCGCAGUCUCACCGUGCUCGUGCAGUCUGCCCGCGUGCGCCCGUCGAUGCGAUAUUCCAUGAUAUAAUACGGUGUAUUAUACUUACGUGUUUUUGGCACGUUCACCGGGAAACACCAAUCAGAUCUCGUAUCAUCGUGUAGUUCUACAUAACUGUCCGCCAUAUUUUAGAGUGUCGAACGUUCAUCAUGACCAAUCAAAUGGAUAAAAUGAAGUGGUCCAGCAUCUUCGCGGAACUGGUGCUGCUAUUGGUUAAAAGUGUUUACUACAUUGGCGAGUCCAUUUAUUACAUGUUAGUACCGUUGCCCGAAAAAUCGUUGGCUGACGAUAUCGUUUUGAUCACAGGCACAGGGCAUGGAAUAGGUAAAUGUUUGGCGAUGCAGUUCGCCGACGAGUCCGCCAAAGUGGUAUGCGUCGACAUCAACGCGCAGUCAAAUGCGGAGACCGCAAAGGAAAUCAACGCCAAGUGGAAAGGAAAAGCUUUUGCUUACACAUGCGAUGUGUCGACGUUGGAAAAAGUCAGAGAGCUGGGUGAAAGGGUCAAGAGCGAAGUUGGCACUGUUACCAUUUUGGUCAACAACGCAGGGAUAAUGCCAUGUAAACCUCUCGAAGCUCACGACGAAGCCACUAUAAGGAAAAUAUUCGAUAUCAACGUGUUUGCUCAUUUCUGGAUGCUCGAUACAUUUUUGCCCGGAAUGAAAGCGCUGAACAAAGGACAUUUAGUAUUCUUGUCGUCGAUGGCUGGUAUAAUUGGCUUGAAGAACUUGGUACCUUACUGUGCGUCCAAAUUCGCAGUUAGAGGUCUAGCGGAAGCGAUAUUGGACGAGUGCAGAGGAGAUGGCUUCACAAAUCUCAAUUUCACCUCUAUUUUCCCGUAUAUGGUCGAUACAGGUCUGUGCAAGAAACCUAUAAUUCGUUUUCCCAGUUUGUUACCACUCGUAACGCCUGAAUCGACAGCAAGAGAAAUAAUAUCCGCCGUCAGAAAGAACUUGUUUGAACAUUCCAUUCCGAGUCCAUUGCUCGUCAUCAACAACAUAUUUAGGUGUUAUCCGUACAAAAUGGCAAUGGACUUCAAAGAUUUCAUGGGCGGUGGCGUUGAUGCACAUGAUGAUUAAUAAUUGUCAAGCAAGCGUGAAAACAAAAUCCUACCGAAAUAAACAUAUUCAUAUAAUACAGUUCGUACAUUCUAUAAUAGCCAUACACCGCUAAUAUAGAUCAAUCGCGUACUAUUUUAUAAAACUAUGAACUCGUAAAGUAACUACAUUUGUGGGUAGUAAUUUUUUAUGACUUAAGUAAUUUAAUACUCUAAAGAUCCUAAUUUUAAGCAAAACCUGCCUUAAGCUUUCAGACGCACUCUGCUCUGCUUAUUGUGAUUUUAUUUAUAGAUAUUAUGUGCUUUUUUUGAUGUAUGUUAAUUUGUUUUAAUUUUAGCUAUUCGUAAUACAAUGGCAUGUACUCUAACUUAUCUAAUUUGAUAUAAUUCGUACAUUUUAUUUUUCUAAUCGCAAGCACAAUUAUCAAUGUUUAAACAUGAACAAUUUGUAUUUAAAAAAAAAUAUUUUAUUAAAAUGUAAUUUAGAAAAUAUUUAGAAAACUAAGACUGUUAUUCUAUUGAAUACUUGCCUAACUUAAAUAUAUUUAUAUAUGUAAUUAAUAUACUGAAAUUUGAGUAUUUGAUUUAAAGAAAUUUAAAUAAAUAUAUAUUUUUUAUUUGUGUAAUAAUACAUGUACCUAAUUAUAAAAAUCAAAAAAUAUAUGGAACUUGAGAAAGGUUCAGUUUAACAUUGAA